GCAAAAAGUGACCAGAAAGAGUACGCUACCAAAACAAAGAUUGCUGCGGGAGAGUAUUCUAAAAUAAAUACCCCGAUCGGUCAAAGCAGUCACUGGUUCGUGCAAAAAGGAACCAUCCAAACGCAUAGUGAUCUUUUGUUUUGUUGACAUUCGGUUGCCCGUCUUCCUGACAAACAAGGAAGAAAAGCGACUGACGGGCGAGUUUUUCUUUUCGUUUUUCCGUUGCCAGCGAGCGGCGACUGGUGUCAUUUUCCUACCGCUGCAGCUGCAUUCGACAAACCUUGCGGCAGGUCCGAGCGACGAUGACCCUAGAGCGCAUAUGUAAGUGGCUGUGUGGUUGUACGUGGCGUACUUGAUCAUGAUCACGAAAGCGAGAAUUUUUACAUCUGACACUGACACUUUUUCCACGGCACGAUGGCGUGCGCUCAUGUUGUGAGUAAACAAAGGUUUCUAGCGGUAAUAACAUCAUCAUAAUUCAUCUCAAUUCUGAAGGGAGGCGGGGGGUGUUUGCACAAAUAUUGCAUUUCUGGAUGAUCCGCUUGUUACGGAUGAACGCAUAAAUAUUGACUUACAGUCAGCUGGUGGUGUGUCUUCUUUCUUGAAAUGCUUCGAUUUACUUUUAUUGUGUAUUAUAAAAUUUACAUCUGUCAGUCAGUAUCAUAGCAGGCGUAUUUUUUGUAACUGUUCGCUUUAUCUCCUAUAUCAGCUAAUAGCAUACAAUAAGUGAUUUCGUUUUUAAUGGUCAGUCCAUGUCCGCGCGUAGGACCAAGUUCAACGACCAUGCGUCGGCUCUUGAGGAAAUAAAAUACGCAACCCAUUAGCUCAUUUAUGCGCGGCUCGAUUGCAAUGAAGUAAUAAAUCUGAACAGCCAACACAAUCCAUCACCACUUGCAUCGAAGUAACCAGUCUUCAUAUAUGUGGCUUCUUUGUCACAGCGAGAGCAACCACCACGACUACUAGGAUUGGAUGGCAAUGCGUGCACAGUAACGGCCACACUGCAUUUUUCUGAUAUUGAACUGUCACCCCGCCCUGGGUACAAACGGACAGUUUCAGUUCGGAAAAGAAAGGAUUAUAAAUAAUCUUCCCAAGCAACGCACGCUCCGAAGCAAUUCCAAUUUAUUUCCUUCAGUGUGACUAGCUGUUCACUCGAGAUUCUUUGAUCAAGUUGGGGUUAAUGUGAUCCCAUAUACCUUGUAGAGGAUGUUCAAGGUGAUCAAGCUGGAAACCCGUUUUGAGCAUGAAGAACUUGUCACAGUCAAAGUCGGUGGAUGCGAUGUCAAAUUGAGACAUGUAAAUCACUUGAGGUGUCACUGCAUUUGUUGACUUUGUUUUUCGCCGUUGCCAAAGUAAAGGGUUGUUUUAUUCUAAUUCGAAAUGGCAUCGGUCGAUCGGUAGCUGCAGUGAAGGAGGGUGACAUUCUCCACAAACGAUAUGUGCAAGAUUUAUUUUCUCGCCAUCGUACAUCACUUAGCAGCGGUAGUAAAAAUACGCAACUUCCAGCGUGCAUUCUUCGAUGGUAAUUAAAAUAGUUCAUCCUCACAGCUGGGAACUCGAAGAUGAUGCAGCUGAUUUUACAUUCUUUGUGUUGUGUUUUCUAAAUUCCUGCGGCAAAUUACAAAUGCAAAAACUGUCGAAGAACGUGUGGAAUUUGUCAUAGUCAAGUUGCACAGUAGGCGAUGGACGUUUGGAGCGCUUGGAAAUUCGCGGCUUGGGCCAGGCCUACUUGUGUGCUUCCCAGAAAUUUUCGACGUAAACAUCUAAUCAGAAUGUUUGCACUGAUAUAAGCUGCAUUUCCGUGGCUGCCAGAGAUACCCGUUCCCGGGAAGUGACAUUUCUUCUCAAAGAAGAUCUCGUAUCAUAAAGAUAAGAUUGCACUAUUCGUUGAUAACAUUCCCGUAUAAAAUAUAGUGCAACUAUCUGCAGGCCAGUUAUAUCAGUGUCACGGUCACGGGAGCUGUACGAUGGCCGUCUUUGGAAGUGUUCUGCUGAUAGUGCUGGUGCUGAACGUCGCUGCCCGUGGAGAUCCAUUUUUCGGAAAUAAUUACCAGAUUCCACAAGGCGCGGCUUUAGCACGUUACGCAUCCGCAGUCGUAACAAACCUCAACAAUGCUCGCAACUCGCUGUCUUCGUACGUCCGGUAUCCUCCGACGGCUUCGACAAGUUUAAAUCAAGGCGCCAUCGUGCUACGGGAUUACAUUGGAAAUGUCAGCUUGUUGGUUGGUAACGUGUAUACGGAAAUUUCCAGAGCAGCCACCGAUCGUUCAACGGCACCAGCAGUUGUAUUCUCCAAGAUCAAUACCCGGUUGAACGAUCUGCAGCCGUUGCUACAAAAUGGAUCGCUCUACGUAGAUUCCUUGGCCAGCAACUUCGACUCGGAAGCUGACAACAGUACAUCAAAUUACUUUGCCACAUGGAAUGAAAACCUGCGUUCUAAUACCCAUCAUCUUUCAAGGCUCCUUCAAAAUGUCAGCCAGGUUAUUGAGUCUGUUGCCGGAGAAGGCCUCAACACGCAACAGUUUAUUGCGGCACUUUCUGUUGACGGCUUAUUGCAAGACUUGGUGGAUGCCGUUCAACAAGUGUCUGCCACUACGGGUGAUUUGUCGAGCACCGUCAGUAGCUUGGUGGGAGCCAUCAACACUGCCAACAGUUUCCGAUUGACAGCCAAUUCUCGACUGCAAACGAGCCGUCAAUCUGCGAACACGGUCGUUAACAGCUACAUCAGUUCGUCAAACGCUUCGUUUAACUCGAUACUCGUCGCAACGGAUACGCUGUUCAAUCACCUGAAAACGGUAAACGAUUCGUUCGUAUUUCGUUGGCCACUACUCCUGAGCGAUCGUGUAGAGCAAAAACUCGAUCUGUUGAACCGUUCGAUUGAAAAUUUGAGCGUAAAUCUACACUUUCGCCGCAGCGUCGUCGAAUCACAUUACACUUAUACGCGUUACGUUUUUGCAAAUGAAAACGAACCUCAGGCGAACCUGGACGAGGAAUCCGAGCAGUUAACCAGACGGCUCGUAAACGUAAUUAAACCAGAUGGCUGUGCGUCCGAUUUCAGGACUCAGUUUUUGGCGUUGCCAGGGACAGCGCAGACGCUGCUUAGUCAAUGUUUCAACGGCCAAUUGGGAUUGGAGCGACAAGGGGCCAGUCAAGUGCUGUCGAUUGCGAACAAUUUUCUGCGAGGUUACGUCACCGCUGUCUACGAUAGCUUGGAAAUUUGCUACAGCCAUCCGUAUGAGAAAAUGAACAGCUGCUUGGAUGAUAUUGUCGAUACCAUAGAUUUUGGUGGGAAGUUCUUCCUUUUGGAUACGGUGACCUUCUACCUGUUUGAGCAAGUGCAAUCAGAAUUGAUAAACUGCAACUCCCGACUGCUUAAGUAUGUUCAAAAUGUUGGACUACGAGCAAAUUGCCAAUAAUGAGUGUAAGAUAUUUUAUUGAACAACAACAUCAACAACAGUAAUACACAGUAACAGUGGAUUCAAACCAAAAUUCACCAACGACCACG